CUCUCUCUCUCUCUCUCUCUCUGUGUGUACAGGCUCUCUCUCUCUCUCUCUCUCUCUGUGUGUACAGGCUAAUAGGCCAUAGCAGAAAACCCAGCAAAUUAAGCCCCUUCUGUUUAAUUUUCAAAUCUUUAUUCUUCUGAUGAUCACACCCACCAUACUUGCAGCCAAACCUAUAUUAAUAUAGUAGUUAUUUUUUUGCUACAUGUAGCGAGACGCACCUAGCUCCCUCCACAGGUCUUUGCUUUUUUUCUAAACGAUCUUUUAUUCCUUAUACUUUUCAUCAAAUGAAUCUUCCAUCCAUGGAGAUCAAAGGCAGAGACAUAAUCAAAUGACAUCAAAAAGAGAGAGCAGCAUAGAGAUCCGAACUGCGCAGGGGAUCUCUCAUGCAGCUGCAUGCAUCUUUAGUUAAAGCUUUAUAGCUAUAUCUGUCUGCUUCCACUUCACAUGGAUACCGUUUUUUCGCCCCUUAUCAGUGAUGGAGACCGUGCCACCUAUCUCCGAUCGCUAAUGCAGUCUUUUGGCUGCAAUUACAUUUGUCUUUGGCGCUACUUUCCUCAACCAAACCACAGUUUACACUUUAUGGACGGGUAUUACCAUGAAGAAGCCAGUCAACCUGGCUCUUCGUCGGGAAGCUUAGCUCGGCGGCUUUUUGAUGAAUAUCGGCGAAAAGAGUUCUUUGUUGUAAAUGACCGUGUUCCCGGAGUGGCUUUCAUAAAUAACCAACCCUACAGAGAGCUAAAUGAAUCGGAACUUCAAAGGAUGGCAUCUGUUGCUGUGCAGCAGCGAUUUUAUCAGGAAGCGAGGAUAAAGACUGCAGUCUUUAUGGGGUGCAGGAGCGGAGAAAUUGAAAUGGGCUGGUCUAAUGGGAUGACUCAAAUUAACAUGGAAAACGCGAUGAGGAGUUUGUUUCCAGAAGACAUUCCUCAUCAGCAAUCUCCACUGAGAGAACUUUCCCAGGCGGUUGAUCCAAACCGGCCUUCAUCAUCUUCCUCUUCAUUGAGAUCACUAUCCAUGGAUAGCCCAGAUAGCUCUCCUUUUUUGUUUAAUAUUCCAACAUCCCAAAUAUCAGAAAUCCCUCAAGAGACUCCCUUAUUGCAACCAAUUCAAAGCACAUCAAGUGCAAUCCAACAAGUCUUGCAAUCUCUGCAGCGAGUACAAAGUACAACUAGCCCACUUCAACUAGCCAUGCAAUCUUUGCAGCCAGUACCAAGCACAACUAGCCCACUACAACCAGCCACGCAAUCUUUCCAGCCGAUACCGAGCACAACUAGUCCACACCAAGCAGCCAUGCAAGCCUUUGCCUUGACAAGAAACAUUCAAUUACCAUCCAGAGAGAGUGAAGAUGCUGCAAUGACACGAGCUAUUCUGGCAGUUCUAACUUCUCCUUCAUCUUCUACCAGUUCUUCAAUAACACCUAACCUACCUUACCAUUACCGGGAAAGCCAGAGAACUAGUGCUUUCAAGAAUUAUCUGACCCCCACAAGACUAAUGAGCCAAAGUUUACGCAAGCAAAGUAUGCUUAAAAGGGCAAUCACUUAUUACAGGAGCUUAAAUACUGUGAGACGGGAACAUAUGCUGGCAAGUCGCCCUACCAGCACUCAGUUGCACCACAUGAUAUCAGAGCGCAGAAGGCGUGAAAAGAUCAAUGAAAGCUUUGAAGCAUUGAGAAAAAUUCUCCCUACAGAAGCCAAGAAAGACAAAGCAUCGGUGCUUACUCGAACAAGGGAGUACUUAACCUCUCUGAAAGCUCAAGUCGAAGAGCUUAGCAAGAGAAACCAGCAAUUAGAGGCACAAGUACUACAACAACUACCAGCGAAAGAAGUAGCGCAAGAAGAAAGUGAGACCUCAUCAACUGAAAGAGUUGAACUCCGGCUUGCACAUGUCUCUGAAUCAACCUCAGAAGAACAAAGAAUCAUCGACCUUCAAGUUGUACUAAGAGGAGAAUGCCCUAUUCAAGAUAUGGUGAUUCGGAUUCUGGAGUUCUUGAACCAAGUUAACAAUGUGAACGUGAUGUCCGUAGAAGCCAACACACGUACAACAGAAUCAAGAUCCAUGAAUCGAGUAAUCUUGAGACUGAAAAUUGAGGGGGAAGAAUGGGACGAGUCUGCCUUCCAGGAAGCAGUAAGAAGGGUUGUUGCUGACCUGGCACAGUGACACACUGGGACCCUCCACUACUCCCUAGAUUAUUCAUUCUUGAAAUAUUAGAUUUUUGAUAUAGCAAUCUAAUUACAUUCUUGCCUGGCGGCGCCACUUCAUACAUUUCAUAGGCUGUAUUAUUUUGAGCUCAUGUAUUACUUUUCUUCUAUCACUUUAGGCCACUAAAGUCCUAUUUGACAUUAAAUUUCAAAAUCUGAAA